AUGUCCGCGCAGGUCACUCCCUCCAAGCAGGCUGCAUCCUCCUUCGAGAACCUCAAGAUGAGCGACUCACCCGUCAAGAAGCUCAAUUUCGAAGCCGCGGGCAAGGAGAAUGCUCCUUCGUCUAUCCAGGUCACCGACGUGCCCGCCACCAAGACCGCUGUUGAAAAGCCUACCGAAGUCUCCUCCAAGAUUGCUAGCAUCAAGGAAAUGGAAGCGAACGAGCCCCUUCUCCAAGAGAACCCUCAUCGUUUUGUUCUGUUCCCCAUCAAGUAUCAUGAGAUCUGGCAAAUGUACAAGAAGGCUGAGGCCUCUUUCUGGACCGCCGAAGAAAUUGAUCUCUCUAAGGAUCUUCACGAUUGGCACAACCGCCUGAACGAUGACGAGCGCUACUUCAUCUCUCGCGUCCUUGCCUUCUUUGCUGCCUCCGAUGGCAUUGUAAACGAAAACCUGCUCGAGCGUUUCAGCGGAGAGGUGCAGAUCCCUGAAGCUCGUUGCUUCUACGGUUUCCAAAUCAUGAUCGAGAACAUCCACUCCGAGACCUACUCUCUUUUGAUUGAUACCUAUAUCAAGGAGCCCAAGCAGCGUACCUACCUAUUUGACGCCCUCGAUAACAUUCCUUGCAUUCGCAAGAAGGCCGAUUGGGCUAUCCGCUGGAUUCAGGAUAAAGAGUCGACCUUUGGCCAGCGUCUUGUGGCCUUUGCCGCUGUUGAGGGUAUCUUCUUCUCUGGAUCUUUCGCCUCUAUCUUCUGGCUGAAGAAGCGUGGCUUGAUGCCCGGUCUUACCUUCUCCAACGAGCUCAUCUCUCGUGAUGAGGGUCUCCACACUGACUUUGCUUGUCUCCUCUUCUCGCACCUGAACAACCGUCCCGACCCCCAGGUUGUGGAAGACGUUAUCGUGGAAGCUGUCGCCAUUGAGAAAGAGUUCCUGACUGACGCUCUUCCUUGCGCUCUUCUUGGUAUGAACUCCAACUUAAUGUGCCAGUACAUUGAGUUCGUCGCCGACCGUCUCCUGGUCGCCCUUGGCAACAAGAAGUACUUCAACGCCACCAACCCCUUUGACUUCAUGGACAACAUCUCCCUAGCUGGUAAGACCAACUUCUUCGAGAAGCGUGUUGGUGACUACCAGAAGGCUGGUGUGAUGGCCAGCACCAAGAAGGAAGCCAAGCAAGAUGAAAGCUCCGGCAGCGCUGGCGGCCUCAACUUCGACGAGGACUUCUAA